AUGAAGAUUAGACUAAUGUUACAGAUUUUGGCAAUUGUUACUCUAAUUUCAGUCCUGCAAGCUAUUAAUCUCAAGGAUCAGCUCUAAGUAAGGAGAUUCGAUUCUAAUGUAGUUCAUGGAGAUGAUCUCAAUGAAUAAUAAGCUACUUUUUGGAGUAAAGGGAAGGGUGGUAGCGGCUAACCCGAUAAUAAAAGAUAAGUUAUUCCAACAAUUAUCGAAGAUGUUUUUACUACAAAAGUAAAACCAAUGAAAAGACUCACAACAGCAGAAAUAUCAAGCUAUGUCCAAGGAACUAUGUCUUUGUGA